UUAAUCGCCUUCACUCAUUCACUUACUAAAGAAAUGGGUUUUAAGUACUAAUUUUUCGCAAUAUGCAUCAUGGGAGUCGUAGUUUUCUCCGGUGCAACUGAUUUUUUUGGGGCACAAUGGUGUUAGUUGUCCGUCACGAGCUUCCUAGCGGUGGAAUGAAUCAUCCGGCGGGCGCAGUCAAGUGAAGCGUGAAGAUCGUUUGCCUGACUGUGCAAAGUGAACAGGGGUUCCGAGAAGGAUUUCUGAACGAAGCGGCCUGGAACCUUUGGUCUGAUCUUAAGCAAGAAAUGGGUAGAGGGGAUACAAACCCCGCAUCCUUUUCAAACUAUAUAAUAGUUGGCUUGGGCCUCCUGCUGGUGCGAUUUGUUUCUUGGGGACAAGUAAAGGCGAGGCCUUUGCUUGGUCCUAAAGAGAGCUGUGGAACUUGUGGAAAGCCUAAUGUUGUGAUGGUGAUGUGCGAUUCUUUUGAUGGAAGGCUAACAUUUUACCCAGAAAAUGAAACAGUAGCUUUGCCUUUUAUAAAUCUCAUGAGGAGGCAAGGCAGUCUCUUUCUUAAUGCCUACACCAAUUCUCCCAUAUGCUGUCCAUCUCGUGCAGCUAUGUGGAGUGGCCUUUUCACUCACUUAACUGAGUCCUGGAAUAACUUCAAGGGCUUAGAUCCAAAUUAUACAACAUGGAUGGACCAUAUGGAAAAGAAAGGCUACUAUAUUAAAAAAUAUGGAAAACUAGAUUAUACUUCUGGACAUCAUUCACUAAGUAACCGUGUGGAGGCUUGGACCAGAAAUGUUGAUUUUUUGCUUCAGCAAGAAGGCAGACCUGUGGCUAAACUCAUAGGUAACAAGACACACAUAAGAGUCAUGCAAAAAGAUUGGAAGGUUACUGAUGAAGCAGCAACAUGGAUAAAAAAUAAGGCAACUAAAUUAUCACAGCCCUUCGUUCUGUACUUGGGACUAAAUCUGCCUCACCCAUAUCCUUCACCAUCCUCAGGAGAAAAUUAUGGGGCAUCUACAUUUCUCACGUCUCCAUACUGGCUACAAAGGGUGAUGUAUGAUGCCAUAAAGAUUCCAAAAUGGUCUCCAUUUUCAGAGAUGCACCCAGUUGAUUAUUAUUCUUCUUAUACCAAGAACUGCAGUGGGCAAUUUACACCGGAAGAAAUCAGAAAUAUUCGAGCACAUUAUUAUGCCAUGUGUGCAGAAACAGAUGCCAUGCUUGGUGAGAUAAUUUCUGCUCUAAAUGAAACAGGACUGCUUGAAGGAACUCAUGUAAUAUUUAGUGCAGAUCAUGGAGAACUUGCUAUGGAACACAGACAGUUUUAUAAAAUGAGCAUGUAUGAAGCAAGUUCUCAUAUUCCCCUCCUUAUAAUGGGGCCAAAUAUUAAGUCACAGUUUGUAUCAAAUAUGGUGUCCCUUGUGGAUAUCUAUCCUACCAUGCUUGAUAUUGCAAGUAUCCCUAUACCAAAAAACCUCAGUGGAUAUUCACUGAUGCCUUUGAUAUUAGAAAGGGGAGAUUAUAAAACCCUGUCUAGAAAGCUACGUCCUCCUUGGGUUCUGAGCGAGUUCCAUGGCUGCAAUGUGAAUUCUUCAACCUACAUGCUGCGAAUUGACAAGUGGAAAUACAUUGCUUAUUCAGACGGCCAUUCUGUAUCUCCUCAGUUAUUUGAUCUUUCAACUGACCCAGAUGAACUAACAAAUGUAGCUACGAAGUUUCCAGCAAUCACACAAUCUUUGAACAAAAAGCUCUACCUUAUAAUUAACUAUCCAAAAGUCUCUGCAGCUGUUGAACAAUAUAAUAAACAGCAAUUUAUCAGCUGGAAGCAAAGUUUAGGACAGAACUAUUCAGAUACAAUAGCUAACCUCAGAUGGCAUUGGAGCUGGAAAAAGAAUCCAAAGAAAUAUCAACAUGCCAUUGAUACAUGGAUUGAAGGAAAUAUUCAUUAAUUAGUAAGAUUUCAGACAACAUGGGUAUAAUGAAUAAUUAUAUCUUGCUGCUAUAACGAGUGAACCAUAAAAUCAGAAUUGUUCACUAUUUCCAGCCUCCCCAUCUCCUUAUAUAAACUCACCCUAUUAACAUGUAAAUACUGUUAAGUAUUAUGCUAGUGUAUACUGCAGUUAACAUUAAACCAAUUCCUUAACCAGGAUGUGUUAGCCAGAUUCAAAACAGGUUAAGAGGAAAACCUGGUAAUGGAUAACAUGGUGCUGUCAUCAGUUACAUUGCAGUGAGGGUGAUGACACCAUGUGAGCAGUAGUGUCAUUGGGUGAAUGCUGAUGCCAUUACAUCUGUGCAUCCCAAUAUCUAGCAGAAGUUUGUAAGUUGUGGCAUUUGUGCAAUUACGUGGUCAUGCAUGUUAUGUCAUUUGCCCCCCUUACAUGCCCAACGAUUUAGCUGUCCUAAUGACCUUAUUUGGAUGCAAAAAAUUUCAAGCUCAUCACCUCUUCCCUUUCUACUCCUACAGUGUAGCACUGAGGAGAUCAGAAACAUUCCUCUUCCUUUUGACUGAGGUUCUCCAAGUGGUGGCUUGUAACUAAGCCAUACAAUGUUUGGUUUUGGUGUUGUAUGAAUCCAGUCCAAUGUUUAUUCAGUAAGCCAUGAAGAAAACAUGACUUAGUGUGAAGUAUAAAUGCAGUCUAUAUCUAACCCCAAGCAAACUAUGGUUAGUCUUAAUUGUGAUUUAAGAGGGUAUCUGACCCAUGGUUCCCCAGAGCAUUAUUUGCUAUAAUUGCCGAGGCUAUAGAAAUUCUCAGACUGAGAAUUGUUAUUAAUUGAUCCAAAGGCUGGUUUAGGUAAAGAAGCCAGCUUCAUAGUGAAAUUAUGAAGUUAACUGUGGUUGAACAAAACAAGGUAAUAGGAAUUAUAGUUUUAAUUAUGAGACAUAAUUAUGAAGUGUAGAUAAUUAUA